CGGGGGCUGCCGGGAGGUGUGGCGGCGGCGGCGGCGGCGGCGGGGCUGGAGCGGAGCGCGGAGCGAUGCAGAAAUACGAGAAACUGGAGAAAAUCGGGGAAGGCACCUACGGGACCGUGUUCAAGGCCAAGAACCGGGAGACGCACGAGAUCGUGGCGCUGAAGCGCGUGCGGCUGGACGAUGACGACGAGGGCGUGCCCAGCUCGGCGCUGCGGGAGAUCUGCCUGCUCAAGGAGCUGAAGCACAAGAACAUCGUCAGGCUGCACGAUGUCCUGCACAGCGACAAGAAGCUGACCCUGGUCUUCGAGUUCUGUGACCAGGACCUGAAGAAGUACUUCGAUAGCUGCAACGGGGACUUGGACCCAGAGAUCGUCAAGCCGCAACGUCCUGCACCGAGACCUCAAACCCCAGAACCUGCUCAUCAACCGGAACGGGGAGCUCAAACUGGCCGAUUUCGGGCUGGCCCGCGCCUUCGGCAUCCCGGUGCGCUGCUACUCGGCGGAGGUCGUCACGCUGUGGUACCGGCCCCCCGACGUGCUCUUCGGUGCCAAGCUCUACUCCACCUCCAUCGACAUGUGGUCGGCCGGCUGCAUCUUCGCAGAGCUGGCCAACGCGGGGCGGCCCCUCUUCCCGGGGAACGACGUGGACGACCAGCUGAAAAGGAUUUUCCGGCUGCUGGGAACCCCCACGGAGGAGCAGUGGCCGGCCAUGGCCAAGCUGCCGGACUACAAGCCGUACCCCAUGUACCCCGCCACCACCUCCCUGGUCAACGUGGUGCCCAAGCUGAACGCGACCGGCCGGGACCUGCUGCAGAACCUGCUGAAGUGCAACCCGGUGCAGCGGAUAUCGGCGGAGGAGGCUCUCCAGCACCCCUACUUCACGGACUUCUGCCCCCCCUAGGGCCCCCCCGGCGCUGGCCCGGCCCCACGCUGAGCUGGGGGGCAGCACCCCGGCUCCUGGACACGCUCCCGGCAGCUGUGGGGAAGGGACAGCCCCCCACGGCAGCCGGGGGGGCACGAGGUGAGGAGGAGCAAGGUGCCGGCACCCCGGAACCGCAGCCCCCGCCCUCGGUAUUUAUUAGGUUUUUAACCCAACGCUACCCCGGUCCUGCCCUGGCUGGGGGGCGCUGGUGCAGCCCCCCCCCCCCCCCCAACUCCCCCCCCCACCCCCAGCCCCGCCGUGGAGCCGGGGGUGGCUGAGAGCGCACGGAGCCCUCCCCGGGGACACGGGGCCAAGGUGCUGGUGAAGGGGCAGGACCCUCCGGGACCAGGCGUGGGGACCCCCCCACUCCCCCUCUCCUUGCUCCCCCCGCCCCCAGCCCCUUCCCCAGCAGGGGAGGGGGCGCCAGCUCCCCCGGGGGGGGGGGGGUACCCCUUUUUUUUUUCUACCGUGCUGCUGUAUGUAGGUGAAUGUGCGUGUUUGUUACACCCAUAAAGAGCUUCCCUUCCCCCAG